AUAGUUUUUGCCAAUUUUGAAUUUUUGAGUUGUAAGUUUUCAAUCAUAGUCAAUGUGUUUUAAAAUCAGUAUCUUUAAAAGUAUAAAAAGAGUGUAUUCUUUUAAGCCAUAUAAUUCUAUGGAUAUAAUAUUUAGAUAUUAAUCAAAUUAAUUAUGUAAAUUUCUGCUGAAAAACUGGGAUUGUUAAAAGUGGGUAAUAAUAUGUCAAUCUUUGUUAGUAUGUCAUCUUUUUGUUUCACAGUAGUAGAGUUUCUGCACCGGAAGUGCUUCAGGAAGGUUUCAUCAUCAUCCGGGUCACUCUCUGGUCACAGAGGAUCGAAGAUGUCGGCUCACAUGUCGAGGUGUAGAAGCUGGAGGAGCUGGAGUCGUGUUCAGAGGUUUGGGAUCGCUGCGUACAGAAAGUACAGCAGUGGCGGCGGAUACCCAAAUAUCUCCCUCUCGUCUCCGCUGCCUGGGAUCCCCAAGCCCGUGUUUGCAUCUGUGGAUGGUCAGGAAAAAUAUGAGACCAAGAUCACUACCCUAGAAAAUGGCCUCAGAGUCGCUUCCCAAAACAAGUUUGGUCAAUUCUGCACAGUUGGAAUUUUAGUAAAUUCGGGAUCCAGACAUGAAGCAAAGUACCCGAGUGGGAUAGCACACUUCGUAGAGAAACUCGCCUUUUCUUCCACGGCUCAGUACGGGAGUAAAGAUGAAAUUCUCCUCACGUUGGAAAAACAUGGAGGGAUAUGUGACUGCCAAACAUCAAGGGAUACCACCAUGUAUGCAGUGUCUGCUGAAGUCAAGGGCCUGGACACGGUGGUCAGUCUUCUCUCUGAUGCUGUUCUGCAGCCUCGCCUGCUGGAUGAAGAGAUCGAGAUGACCAGAAUGGCGGUACGCUUUGAGUUAGAAGAUCUAAACAUGAGGCCGGACCCUGAACCCUUACUCACUGAGAUGAUCCAUGCUGCCGCGUAUCGAGGCAACACGGUCGGACUGCCUCGCUUUUGUCCCGGAGACAACGUGGACAAGAUUGACAAGAACGUGCUCCACAGCUACCUGCGUAACUAUUACUGUCCGGAGCGGAUGGUGCUGGCUGGAGUGGGCAUCGAGCACGAGCAGCUGGUUGAAUGUGCCAGGAGAUACCUGCUGGACGCCAAGCCGGUGUGGGGAACGAGUUCAGUGGCCAACGUGGACCUCUCUGUAGCACAGUACACCGGUGGCAUCAUCAAGAUGGACAAGGAUAUGUCGGAUGUGAGUCUCGGCCCCACCCCGAUCCCAGAGCUCACUCACAUCAUGAUCGGCCUGGAGAGCUGCUCCUUCCUGGAAGACGACUUCAUCCCAUUCGCGGUGCUCAACAUGAUGAUGGGGGGAGGUGGUUCCUUUUCAGCAGGAGGACCUGGGAAAGGCAUGUUCACCCGCCUUUACCUGAACGUGCUCAACAGGCAUCAUUGGAUGUACAAUGCCACCUCCUACCACCAUAGCUAUGAGGACAGUGGUCUGCUGUGUAUCCACGCCAGUGCAGACCCCAGACAGGUGCGGGAAAUGGUGGAGAUAAUAACCAGAGAGUUCAUUCAGAUGGCUGGCAACGCAGGAGAGAUGGAGCUGGAGAGGGCCAAAACUCAGCUCAAGUCCAUGUUGAUGAUGAACCUCGAGUCGCGGCCGGUUAUUUUUGAAGAUGUUGGUCGCCAGGUUCUCUCCACAGGAAAGAGAAAGCUGCCACAUGAACUGUGUGAUCUAAUAAGCAACGUGACAGCCAGUGACAUUAAGAGAGUAACCACCAAGAUGCUGCGCAGUAAGCCCGCAGUAGCAGCGCUGGGAGACCUGACGGAGCUGCCCUCGUACGAACACAUCCAGGCCGCCCUGUCCAGCAAAGACGGACGUCUGCCCCGCAUGUAUCGCCUCUUCCGAUAGACCCCCAUCAAGCCGGUCCUCGGCUGGCAAACACCACUGUAAAUAAACUGGACUUGAAGAUUACACUAGUGUUCCCUCCCACCACCGAGCUGGACACAGCUCACUCUGGGAGGGGACUAAUACCCGGGCUCUGGGCUCAACCUCUGAGAGUGGGGAUUUUAAAGAAAAGUUACAUUUUACUCUACAGUAACCAUAGUCUACGUACAGUUGGAGUAUCUGUAUUUAUUGUUUGUGGGCAGGAAAGCCAUAUUUCACUAUUUACUGGGGUGGAGUUUGGUUUUAAAGGGACAAUUUACUCCAAAGCCAAAAUUACAGUGUUUGGUUUCUCAUUUCAAAACCUAAAUACCAACCUGUUAUGUUUAAAUUCAUGAAUGACUGACAUUACGCUGUGAAAGUAAAGCAGCAUAUACGCAAGAGAAGGGGCGGCUAACAUCCCCAGCAGCGUCUAAACUUUUAUUAUUUUCUCGGCUUGAAAACCCUCGGCUCUCUAAAACUCACCGAGCUCCACCUCCUAUCUUCUUCCAGAACGGAUGGAUCCGAAAACAGUUUAAAAUCUUACUAUUUAUAUGACAGCACUUCAUAAUCUCCCUUCACAAGCACAGGAGACUUUACACAGUGAUGGCAACUGUAGCCAAUAUGCCCUCGAGACUUAAAUCAUGGUUUCUGUCAUUGUGUCUCAGUUUUACUGUAAAGAGAUUGAAAUCUAACGUGAAACCUGUUUUGUUUUUUUGUAUUUUUGUGGUUGUGUUUAUGCCCUUGCAUAUUAAAAAAAUUAUAUAUAUAUUAACAGGAUAAGUUAAAGGAAUAAUUUGAUUUUGGGAAAUACGCUUAUUCACUUUCUGGCAGAGUUAGAUGAGAAGAAUGUAUCUGUUAAAGGCUACAGCCAGUCGCCUCUUAGCUUAGAAUAAAGACUAGAGAGGGAAAUGACUCACCUGGCUCUGUAACAAAAUUCAUCCUGCAGCACAACUAAAGCUCACUAAUUGCU